AUGUCGUCUGAGAGUGGCACUCCUGCCCGUCGAAAGCGUCUCCGUGUGGUGGCGCCGCCGGCGGACUACAAUGCUUCGCUUCUGAGUGAUGUGGGCAUCGAUUUCACCAAGAAGACGGCCACCGUAGACCAAGGCGCCAACGCUAUUAAGCAGGCGCUUGAGAAGGAGCCAGAGGACGCCAAAGCGGAGGACAUACGCGAAGAGCAACCCCGCCACGAUGCUUCGCCCGACCACGCAGAUGAUGACCCAGAAGAGGAGAGUUCUUGCGCGGCUGUCAAGUCCGGUUGA